AUUGUUUGUUAAAACUGAACCGGUCUGUAUGUAUAAGUAAUUGCAAUUUUUUACAAGUGAUUCAGUAGUAAAAAAUUUAGUGAAAGAUAUGAAUUGUCAACUGAAACUUUAAUUAUAUUAUUUUCUAUUUAACUAAGAAAAACUGUGACAUUUCAAGAAUUAAUAUAAUUUUUUCGAUAUAAACAUUGUUAGAAGACAUGAAAAAACCGGAUAAUAAGUUACUACAAGUGUUUAAAGAUUUGCACAUUGAAAUGGGAGAAGUAAGUUCUAAUGUGAUUGAAGCAUGGUUUGAUACUCAUGACACAGCUUUGAAUGAUCUGUUAAAUUGGAUGUGCUCUUCAUUGUCAGCAAGUAAUUUUGUGACUAUGCAAGAACAGGCUGAAUUUUCAGAAAUUAAGGAACCUUUAAAAGGUGACCAAUUAGAAAGUGAAAUUGAACGAAUGAAUAAAAUAUACCCUGGAAUAUUUUGUAUCGAAAACAACUUAGUUGAAAUUGAUCUUUUGAUGGAUAAAUAUGAAAUGUAUAAAGUAAUAAAUGAAGAAGAGGAAUUUACAAUUAGCCAAUAUGAAAAAACAUGUCACAAAACAACAACUGACUUGAAUUCAGGAGAUUUUAUAAAGACUGAAUUAAAUCUGAAAAAUGCUACAGAAAAGUGCCACACAAAAACUGAUGAACUUGACAGAUUACAUGAAGACUUGUAUCAACAACUGUACACAUACAGCAAAAAUAUAAACGACUUUGAAACUAGUUCAAUAUUUUUGGGUAACGAAGAUCUUAGUAAGCCACAAAAAAUUUUGGAUGGUCUGACAGAUUUCUUUGAGAUAUUCUUAAAUAUCACAUCAGAAGAUACACUUCAUUCAUCUAAUAGUUUCAAUAAAACUUGUGUUUCUGAUUCCUUUGAAGAUGAUUUACCCCAUGAUUUGUCAAUUCUUCACAAUAGAAUCUCCAAUAGCUUCGAGAACUAUAUUCUUCUAAAACUUGAACAUGAAACACUAAUGACAGUACUCAGACAACUGAUUAAAUUAAAAAGAGAAGAGAAAACUCUAGAAAAAAUUGCUUUUAUGGAUUCUACUAUGGAAUCUGUUGAUUCUAAAGAGCAACAGAAAAUUGCACUAUAUGAAAUGAUCAGAUCAAUAAGUAACAAAAUUGCUAAUCAGUUUGUAAAUAAACCAAAAAUUCAUUCUUUAAAUCAAAAACUAAAUAUACAAAGGAACAAGAUUGAAACAUUAAACAACAUAAUUGAUAGAUUAACAGAAUUGUGGUCUUUUUAUAUUAUUAUACAUAAUUUAUUUUAUCUAGAGCAGGAGGAUAUCAAUGAGGUUAAAAUAUGUUUGAAAAAAGUAUUUGAACAUAUCUCAACAGAUUUGGAACCAUGUAGUUACAGAACUAAAAAAAUGAAAACCACUAUUGCAAAUUACCAUGCAGAGACAGGUGGUAACUUCAAUUUUAUUACGUCAAUAGGAAAAUUAAUAUCUGGUCAAAAACAACCUUUGUCAUCCGUAAUAAAAUCCAUGAGCGAGUUUAAUGAAGAACUGCAUUUAGCUGAAUACACCGUAUUUGUCAAACAUUUUGAUGCACAUCAUAAGAUUACCUUACAAAUAAAAAAAGAUAUGGAAUCGCUGGAACGGUUCUUAUUUAAGGGACCUACAAACAGAUUUUUAUGUGUACCCCUUAAUAUAUCAAAUAGUAUUAAAAAAUUAACAAAAAUGUUAGACAGUGUUUCAAAUUCUCUUCAAAAAGGGUUUACAGCAUCCUCGCGAGUGAAACAUGAGAAGAGAAAUAAAUGGAAGACCUACUUAAGAUGUUUAUGGAUAUUUUUCUAUACAGAUCAUGAAAAUCUGUUGUCUGUUUUGCAAGAGAUUAAAGAUCGACAUGUUGCAGAAUAAUAAUUAAAUAGACAAAGAAAAAACGGUAAUAGUGUCACCUCUAACAAGAUUAUGUCAAAACAUCCAGUUCCAACAUAAGGAUUAAGCUGGGACAUCUCGAGGCACUUGUUGCUCAAUCACCACUUGUUGACCUUUAUUGUGUAUUUUGGUCGGAAGUCCACCUAAAAAUUACAAAUUAAAAUAUUAUCUUGUUAACUUAUAAUACUUUUUAUAAAAUUUUAAAUUACAAUUUCAUUCUAUUUUAUGUUCAAAUGUCUAAUUCACUGUACAAAAUAUAUUGGUGGCCAAAGAAAUAGCACACGUUAGUAUUUAAAGUUAAUUAUGAAAUGCACACAUCUAAUUAAAGGCAAUCAAAAUAUUUUAUAUUUUAUUUAAAAUAGUGACGCUAUAUUAUUUCCACAAUUAUUCAUUAUGAAUCUAAAUCAAAAUAACUACUUAAAUGAAAUCUUAUACAAAAUAAAUGCCCACUGCGACUGGUCACAGAAAUAGCACACAUUUAAGAUAAGUCAUAGUCAUUAUUAUAACAACUUUAAAAUAUUAAAUAUUUUAUACAUAACUCUUUUGUCCAAUAUGAACUGUUAAUAUAAUACUAAUUUACUAUAUUGUUAUUCUAUAAAAAUUAAAAAAUUUAAUUUUGAAAUGGGUGUAUAAUAUCCUUUUUGUCUUAUAAUUUUGGUUCAUCUCCGUGGCAUAGACUCGACCAUUUUCUGAAAGUAGGACAAAUCUAUAUUUCUUCAAGCUUCUCGAAUUUGUCUUUAUGUGAAGUGUUUAUAUGAAAUUUGGUUAUAAACGUGUUUUCUAUAGGAUUGAUGUUUAGUGAUUGGGACAGGCAAAGCAAUAUUGAUGCUUUGGACUUUUAACCAAUUCGUCAUAAUUUUGGAUUUGUAUUUGGGAUCGUUGUCAUGUUAAAACACUCACACUAAGUGCAUCAUUUCUUCAAUGUAUGGAAUGAAAUUGUUUUUUAAUAUAUCCUUCUACAUAAAUCAGUCUAAGUGAUUACACCAGAAGGACUGAACCAUCCCCACCCGACAUCAUGUUUCACUGUGGGUACAACAAACUUUUUAUGUAAUUUAGUCCUUUAGGAUAUGUAACAUGUAAACAACCAUUUUUUAUAUAUUAAAUUUAGACUCGUCACUAAAAUCUAGUUAUCCCAAGGUUCUGUGGUCCAGUGUCUGCCCACUGAAAAAUAAAAAGUAGGUAAUUUUUAUAGAAUAAAAUUAAAUUGACAAGUUGCAUAGUAGUCAUAACAAUAAAGUGUACAUGUAAUGAGAGAUAUUAAACUAAUAAUGACCGUGCAAGCACUAAAUCUUACAACCACUAUCAUUUAAAGAAAGCUAACUAAACUACUAAACAUAAUCUGUCAUUCAAUUUAAUUUUUUAUGAUGAUCGGAGUAAAGUGGAUGGCACAACUAUUUAACUUCUCAAUUAUCUUUUUUUCAUUCAGUUCAGAUUUCCAUGAUCUUCAUUAUCACCCUCUUGUGCUCUACGCCGUAAGUUAAACGUAUUAGUGUUUAUGUUAGAUAUAGUUAUAUAUAAUUAUCUUAUCUCUAGGUGGUUCAUGCAUGUUUUCUCACACCAAGAGUACCUCUUAAUGG